AUGGGGAAAGAGAACUCUAUCACUCUAAAUGACAGGGAGCGGCAACUGCUGGCUUUGAAAGAAUACGUCACGUCGCUUGCAGGAAAUAACCCUAAUGGUAAAAUAGAGUUUGUGGGCGUUAAUGUUGAAGGCACAGGUGCAGAUAAAACUCGGCAUCGACUACUGAAGGCGCACGCUCUUCCUUUGUUGGCUGCUACGACCGUCGAUGAAGUGGUUGCAGCAGCGAAUAGUGUACAGACAAGUUUGAACAGCUUGGAUAUUUAUCAAGACGUCAUGCUCUCGAUUGACUCUCCCUGCCCGGGCCAACUUACGGCCUUGAUCAACUUACCUUCCGCGAAACGUUUUUUGGCCCAGACAGGAACAAGCUUUGGCAACGGUGAAGGUUCAGGAUAUAUUCGGUGUACUGCCAAAAAUCAUUUUGGAUUGGGGGAGAUUUUCACUGUGGAUACCAGCGUGGGGACUCGAACAAAAUCAGCCACCCUCUUUCAAGCCUCUGCUCCACUAGCCGGUGUUCUGCCGCUACGAUGGCGAGCCGAAUUAUUGGCAUAUGGUGCUGAAAAAUCUGUUGAUUGGGCGUCGCAUAGAGAACAAGUUAGAGGCGCUACAAUUAGAAUUACAAGCCCCAAACAUACAUUUGGGUUGGACUAUGUCCUCCGAUCUCUUUAUGCAUCAAAGGUCCGACCCAGUGCAACAGUUCGUUCUCAGGCUGGUCAUGCCACAAAAUACUCGGCGUUUUACAACUGGAACUAUGAUUCCCGCAACAAUGCAUUCCUGCCAACGUCGGGCGCACUGGUAAAGGUGUGUAACGAGGUGGCAGCGGGCGAUUAUCCGUACUUGAAGACCUGUGUCGAUUUCGUUCGUGGUUUCAGAAUCUCGGAAAAGAUUAGCAUGUCAAUUUCCGGCCGUUGUGGUGGCUUGGUUCCACUUAAUGGCCAGUCGCACAUCUCCGAUAGGUUCUUCCUAGGUGGUCCCCUCGACGUGCGAGGAUUCAGAAUCAGUCGAUUGGGCAGAAAUGACGAAGGUGAUGCUGUCGGUGGAGACGCGGUUAUGGCUGGUGGCCUUAGUCUGUACGCCCCUGUUCCCCGUGUCUCGUCGCCAAACUUGAGAUUACAUGCAUUCAUCAACGGUGGCUCUGUCCGGCCUUACGGUCAAGGAGUCUUGCAAACUUUCUCCAAUAUGCUGUCUACUCCUCCAUCAAUUGCUACAGGUUUUGGUCUGCUCUAUGCGCAUCCUGCUGCACGUUUCGAGUUGAAUCUUACUUUCCCCUUGACGUCACAUGCUGGUGAGCAAUCUCACAAGGGACUUCAAUUCGGCGUCGGCCUCUCGUUUUUGUAA